CAGUCAUAUAAAUGACGCCUGAUCCAAGAGGGUCUGAAUCAAACACGAAUUGUGUCCACUAUUAGGAAAGCCUCUGUUUACCUGAUAUACUGUGAAACAGUCAUCCUCUUCUGUCCAUCACUGCCAUCAUGACCGCCAGCAUCUCAGUGCAUACAUACUCUGCAGCCCGCCAGCCUUCUUUCUCAAGCUCUUCUUUGCGAGACGGAGGCAUUCGGGGACGUUCUAAAGCCCCUGUGCUCUCUUCAACAAGCACACGCUCACUCUAUCGUUCCAUGUCUGUGGGCAAUGGGCUCAACAACCUGAGCAACCUCUCUCUGAAUGGGACCAGUGAGAAAGAGACGAUGAAGGGUCUCAAUGAUCGACUGGCCAGCUAUCUCAGCAAGGUGCGGUCACUGGAGAAGUCCAAUGCUGAUCUGGAGUUGAAGAUCAAGCAGCUCAUGCUGGAGAGGAUGCCUAAAGGUCAUGACAUAGAAGGCAUGAUGGCUCAGGCUCAUGCUAUUGGGCAGGAGGUAAGGAAAAAGACACUGGCGAAUGCUCGCAUUAUGCUGGAAAUUGACAACGCCAAGCUGGCUGCAGAUGACUUCCGGAUUAAAUGGGAGUCAGAGGCUGCUCUGUGUCAGUCAGUGGAGAGGGACUGUGUUGCUUUGCGCCGGGCGAAACAAGAGCAUGACCAGAUCAUCACAACCCUCCGAGGAGACCUGGAGAGUCUAAAAGAGGAGCUAUAUUUCCUGAAGAAGAACCAUGAAGAGGACAUGACCACACUGAAGGCCCGUUUGGCCAACGAGCAGGUGAAUGUAGAGGUGGACGCAGCACCAGGGCCACACUUAGGAACUGUCAUGGCUGAACUGAGGUGCCAGUAUGAGGGUAUUGCACGCAAAAAUAAGGAGGAUGCUGAAAUGUGGUGCCUAAAAAAGCUGGAGACGUUGCAGUCGGAGGUGAAGGAGAGUAAUGAAGCUCUACGAAGUGCUCAGAAUGAGCUCAAUGAGAGACGCCGCUUCCUGCAAGGGCUUGAGGUGGAGCUGGACAGCCUGCACAAACAGGUUAGUGUUCUGGAGGGGAACCUUGGAGAGACAAGUCAUAAAUACACCCUUGAGAUGGAGCACAUGCAAGGAACACUGACGCAACUAGAGGAGGAACUCUCACAACUACGCCUGGACAUGCAGCGCAUCAAAACCGACUACGAACAGCUACUGCGGGUCAAGCAGAACUUGGAGCUGGAGAUCGCCACCUACAGGAGACUGCUGGAGGGAGAGGAUGUGGUUAAAGAGACUCCAACACCUAAAAAAGAACCAGAGGUAAAGACACGCAAGAUUGUAAAGGUAGUCACCCAGACUAUGGUGAAUGGUAAAGUGGUGGAAGAAUCAAGCGAGGUGGAGCAGUUCGAGGAGCGCAACAAGUGAAUCCUGCUUCUGCAGCAUUCACCAUCUUUACUGCUCCAUUGUGAUAGUGUGGCUUUCCCCAAACACAUCUGAAUGGAAAUAAAUACUGUAUUGAAAAAUCAAAAUACUUGGCAUAUUAAUCUCUCCUAGCCAAUGUUUAUGAAGAUGAUUGGAUUGAAGUGUGAAGUAUGACAGUGGAUACUGUAGACUCUGUAGUUAACUGUGGUUCAGGCUGAUAUCUAAGUAGCAAAUAAAUAAAUAAACAAACAAACUAUA